GUAAUAGGACUGGUUAUUUGGGUAUCUGUGUCAUUGUUGCCUCUUACUGUUACAUUGCUUUCUGUGUUGUUUUUCUAGGCCCAGAUGUUCUCAGAUAAUUCACAUUGCCCUGACUGUGGACAACAGUGGUUCCCUAGUUUAGAACUAGGCCAUUGGUUGUACCAGACUGAACUUGUUGAAAAUGAAUGUUACCAAGUAUUCUUAGACCGUAUUAACAGAGCUGAUUAUUGCCCUGAGUGUUACCCUGAUAACCCUGCUAAUAGAAGUCUUGUUCUUCCUUGGUCUUUCCCACUUGAGUGGGCUCCCCAAAAUCUUACCAGAUGGACCUUUGAAAAAGCUUGCCACCCAUUUCUUCUGGGUCCUCCACUGGUUAGAAAAAGGAUCCAUGACUCUAGAGUAGCUGGUUUUAACCCUGCAUUGCAGUUAAUCUUGACCAGAACAGAUAAAACCUUGAACAAAAAACUUGGCCAAAACAAAUAACUUCUUAAACAUUCAAAAUCAUGGAGACUCUAGAGUUUUGUACUCGUAGCCCAAGGAAGAUGGAAAAAAGACUCCUUUCUAAAUAUGAUAUAGACCGUCACUACCUUGGGGACCUGCUUAUUAAAUUGUUGGAUCUGCUCC